AUGGCGAAGCAAGGAAAGACGACGCGAAAUACGGACAGUUCAACAAUCAUGAGUGAUGAAGAACCAGCGAGCAGCAGACCGAGCAUACGGAUUCCGGCAUUUUGGCCAGAGGACUCGGAGUUGUGGUUCGCGCAGCUGGAGGGGCAGUUCGCCUUAUGCAACGUCACGGACGAUCACGCCAAGUACGCUUACGUACUAUCNCGCCUGGAACCGAAGCAGGCCCGAGAGAUAAAAGACGUCAUCACNCAGCCCCCGGCUAGCAGAAAAUAUGAAGCAGUAAAGCAGGCGUUAGUGCAGCGCCUGACAGACUCNAAGCAGCAGCGUAUUCGACAGCUACUUGAACACGAGGAACUAGGCGACAGGAAGCCAUCGCAGUUUCUUCGUCAUUUAACCACCCUGGCCGGCAAUGCAGUCUCCGACGAUCUUCUGCGCACCCUGUGGCUCGGCCGUUUGCCACCAGCGAUGCAAGCCAUNCUAGCAACCAGGACGGAAGACAAUCUAAGCAGCGUAGCAGAACAGGCAGACCGGAUACACGAGGUCAACAACAGGGCAGUUGUCAUAGCAACAACCUCGCAGCCGGCAGUCGCCGCAGCAUCCACAUCCGAGCCAGGACCAAUAGAAACCUUGACCAAGCAGAUAGCCGUGCUCACGCAGCAGGUAGCCAAGCUGAUGAGGCAGGCCAGAGCAAGAAGCCGUUCCAGAGAUAGAUCUCGACAAGAGCAGACAAAGAAAAACGACACUUGCUACUAUCACCGACGUUUCGGCGCAGAAGCCAAGAAAUGUACCCAGCCCUGCACAUAUCAAAAAAACGAGGAGGUUUGUCAUUGA